AUGGAGGCCAGGCUGCUGAGCGCCGUCCUGGGCGUCGUCCUGGUGCAGGGGGGGACGGCCAUGCAGAGCCUGGACCUGCCGAAGGUGCUGGCUUCUCUUCCUGGUCUUUCGAAGGUUGGAACAGCCGGCUCUGUCUCCUCGCUCCAGAUCGCGGGGUUCUGGCGGGAAGUGGGCGUGGCCUCCAAGCAACACCUGGUCCUGGCGACCCCCAAGAGGCUGGAGGCCCUGUUCCUGACCUUGAGCGCGGCCGAGCUGACCGUGAAGGCUGCAUACAGCAGCCUGGGCAGCUGCGAGACGGAGAACGUGGUGGGCUCUGAGGUCGAUGUUUCGGGGAAGUUUGUUUUUCCUGGCCACCGGGAGAUCCGCGUGAUCGACACGGACUAUGAGCGCUACGCCAUCCUGCGGCUGACCCUCGCCUGGCGGGGGGAGGACAUCCACGUGCUCAAGUACUUCACCCGCAGCCUGGAGGACGACUACGAGCCCGGCCUCUGGAAGUUCCGGGAGCUGACAGCAGACACCGGGCUGUACCUGGUGGCCCGGCACGGGAGGUGCGCAGAGCUCCUGAAGCAGGUGAGCCUUCACCGACACCCCCCUCAGCCCCCAGCCCCCAGCCUGAUGGGAGUCCUGGCACCUCUAGGUCCCAGGCCUCCGGGUGGUGACCCCCGGCCACCAGACGGGGACCCUGGAGGCUGGGCGGCGCAGCUGGCUGCAGCCGCUUCCCGGCCCCCGGCUCUGGGGGCUGCACAGCUGGAGGCGGGGGUCCGCAGGUUCAUGUCUGCCGAGGACCCUCCUGGCUUGCAGCCGGCAGGCUCCCGCGGCAUCCUCAGGGGUGUCUGA